UUUCAACAUCACAUAACACUUAAUCAUUUGCAACUUUGCUUCAAGCCAAGGAUUAAUUUUUAUUUUGCAGUUACUAGUUUUGAGUAAACAAAUUCCACUAUUUAUGUCACAUAGAUAUAGGUUGAUGCCACAAAGUUAUUGUCAUGUGUUGAACUGUUGAACAAGCACAGGAAAGAUGCCCCUUCUGGUGUUAUUUUCUGGCAUAAGAAAUGUUCUCAAAAAGGAUGAACUAGGCCUGGAAAUAAUGCAGAUUUCAGUCCCUACCAUUCUGGCUUUAGCAGCAGAUCCUAUUGCUUCUUUGAUUGAUACUGCAUUCAUCGGCCACAUAGGUCCUGUGGAGCUUGCGGCUGUGGGAGUUUCAAUUGCUAUUUUCAAUCAAGUCUCGAAAAUUGCAAUAAUUCCACUUGUCAGUGUUACAACCUCUUUGGUUGCUGAGGAGGAUGCUACCGAUAUGUUACAAACUCAACCACCAGAAAAAGAAAUGUUGAUCAAGGUCUCUUCUGUUGAUGAGGAAAGAAAGUUGGAAGUAGAAGACAAUAUAGAGCAAGAUGAUCCCGAAUGCAGCACGUCACAAACUCAUAUUGACAGAGUAGCUAAACUGGGCCAUGACAAAAGCUAUAUUCCAUCAGCCUCAUCAGUACUUGUUAUUGGUGGUGUGCUUGGUGUCCUACAAGCUCUCUUUCUCAUUUUCGCAGCUAAUCCGAUCUUGAAUUACAUGGGCAUCCAUUCUAAUUCUCCAAUGUUAAAACCAGCGCAACAAUACUUGACGUUGAGGUCAUUUGGUGCACCAGCUGUUAUUCUUUCUAUGGCAAUGCAAGGAGUUUUUCGAGGAAUCAAAGAUACAAGAACUCCUUUGUAUGCUACAAUUGUGGGAGAUUUAGCAAAUAUCAUUUUAGAUCCAUUACUUAUAUUUGUAGUCCGGUUGGGAGUCAGUGGGGCCGCCAUUGCUCAUAUUAUCUCCCAGUACUUGAUUACCUUAAUUUUGUUCUGGUAUUUAAUGAAACAAGUUGUUCUCCUUCCGCCAAGUAUCCAAGACUGCCAAUUUGGGAAGAUUCUGAAAAAUGGGUUUCUAUUAAUGAUUAAAGUUGUAGCUGUGACAUCAUGUGUGACCUUGUCAGCAUCCCUAGCAGCAAGGCAAGGAUCAACAGUGAUGGCUGCGUUCCAAAUCUGCUUACAGAUUUGGAUGGCAACCUCUUUGCUUACUGAUGGAUUGGCUGUUGCUGGACAAGCCAUUAUUGCAAGUGCAUUUGCAAGAAGGGAUUACAGCAAGGUCAUAUCAUCUACUUCACGUGUGCUGCAGCUUGGCUUGAUUCUAGGGUUGGUACUUUCAUUCCUUCUAUUUAGCCUACUACCAUUUGCUUCUAAGUUAUUUACAAAUGACAUCAAUGUUCUGCAACUUAUCAGUAUUACUAUUCCAUAUGUAGCAGCCACUCAACCCAUCAAUGCGCUAGCAUUUGUUUUUGAUGGAGUUAACUAUGGAGCUUCAGAUUUCAUAUACUCUGCUUACUCAAUGAUUAUGGUGGCAUUGGUGAGCAUAUAUAUCUUAUAUAUGUUAUCCUCAAGCCUUGGCAUGACUGGUAUCUGGAUUGCGUUGUCUAUAUACAUGAGCCUAAGGGUGUUUGCUGGCUUUUGGAGAUAUGGAACUAUGCAUAUGACAAAGGAUUGAAAUGAUGUAGCGUUUAUGAACUUCGAUUUGCAGAAUUGGUACUGGAUCAGGACCUUGGAGCUUCCUUAAGGAUAACUUUGCAAGACCCCAAUAAAUUACACGCUACUACCUAACCAUUAUGAAUUUGGUGUUGUAGCACAGCACAAUCCACACAUAGGCUUUGAUUACACCCUUUGUAUGCACGGGCUGCUUUUUCCAAAGGGCAAUUUCCAUUUCAAAUGAUGUAUUUAUUCUAUGAAUAUGUAUGUAUAUGAUAUGAUAAUGACUUUUACACGAAUUCUUUUUGGUA